GUUCACUCAUUUGACCGAAACUCCACUUUCCUCCCUUUGUCUAUAUAAACCUUUCCAUCCCCUUCUCUCUCCUCAUCCAGCUUUUCUUUGCUUCCAUCUCUCUCAGUUUUCUUUCUUUCUUUCUUUUCUUUGUUUAUUUAUUUUUCUUGCUCUCAAAUGGCAGAAACACCAUCAAAGCGCCAAAGGAGUAAUGAAACUUAUGCAGAGGAUGUCGAAGAAAGUAAGAGACAUAAAUCUUACAACCAAAUACUCUCCCUUCUUGAAGAAGAAGAAGAAGAGCCAACCCAAGACAUCUCUUCUCUCAUAACUACACUUCAGCAAGAACUCGACGACCCUCUUUCUUGUCCAUCGACAGAAACUGGCAGAGAGAGCCCUUUUGCUACAAUCACGUCCGCCAUUGAAGACUACCCAUCUUCCUCUUCAUCAUCAUCUUCUUCUUCUUCUUCCAUGUUAUUGAAGGAAGACGAGGAAGAUGAUAAAGAUAGGGUUAUAAGACAUCUUCUUGAAGCCUCUGAUGAUGAACUUGGGAUUCCAAAUACAGAAACUGGUUCUGGUUUCGAUGAUGGCUAUGAAGGUUUUGUUAGUAGUGCAAACGGGUUUAGUGGAGUAGAUGGAUUCUCUCUUUGUGAUGGCUUAUGGGAGAUUGAAGAUGCUAAUGCUAACUACUAUGCCCUGUUGCAAUCUGAACUAUUCAUGUAGCUAUAAUCUUUAAAAACAAAAAAAAAGGAAAAAGAAAAGGAAAGAAAAAGGGAUUAGGGGGUGUAGAUGGAAAAGAAACGAAAUGAUAGAGGUUCAAAAGAUGAAAAAAGAAAAGAAUUCGUGGGAUCAAAAUAUAAAAUGGAGAAUAUUUUUGGAUUUUCAUUUUAGUCCCCUCUUCUUUUUUCUCUUUUUGUAAAAUAGUAUUAGUGCCUUCUCCCCCUCUCUUCUUUCUAAAAGAUUAAAAAUGUAGAACAAGAAAAUAGAAAGAUCUCACCAAAAAUUCUUUUUA